CGACACACACCAAGGCACACGUAGCCCAGCCAGCCGCACAUAAACCACGCAGCAUCUCCCUCUCCCUCUCCCUCUGUCCGCCCUACGUCACGUCAGCUUUCCACACUCUGAUAUAUCCACCAGCACACCACUCUCAACGACGAGUACUGAUUCGCCGACCCCAUGUGCUGUGUCCUCGCAUCAAUCACACACGGCACGCCUUCUCGAUAGCAGUACCACACCUCCUCCCUCUCCUCUUUCUCCUUUCGCCCCGCCGCCUCGUCCGCCCGGUGGUCCGUCACGUAGUCGAGGUGCGAGCCAAGCCUGAUGCCCAAUGGGCCCGUCGAUCUGUCGAACGUGUCAAGCGACAUCAACACGGUGAACUCUCCCGCGUCGCCGUCUGCGUGCCACUCAAUCUCUGAGCCACCAGGCAGAGUAAGUGAGAGGCCGGUCUCGGAGAGGACGAGCGUCCGUUCGCUGCCGAGAGCUGCCUGGAGGAUGUCUGGGAUGCCUGCCGUCUGCAUGAACUCCGCCAUAGCCUCGUGCUGGGGCGACUCAUCCGACAAGUGGACAUUUUUCCUCAGCCGGCCGCACUCAGGCAUCCGCACAACGCCCAGGUCGUCGAGAUCCAAAUAGACAUCGUCCUCAGCAGGCCGCCAGUGGCCCUCAAUAGCAGUAAUCAGACCACCAAGAGAGCGGCGCAGAUCUAUCAGAGCGUCGUGUCCGACGACACUGGGCAGAAUGACGACGCCGUGUUGCCGAAGCUUGUCCACACAUUCUUCAACCUGAGGAUGGAGUCCAGCCACCUCAAGCUGAUCCAUCUCCCGAGAUGUCGUGGCUUCUCGCCGCUGGCAACUCAGAGAAAGAUCAAUCCCGCUGGCGGUUUCUGGAGAGAUCUGGAGCUCCUGGGAGACAGAACCACCCCUUCCUCUCUCCUUUCGUUGCUUGGCGCCUGGGCUGGCGCCAGCCGUCCUCUUUUCC